GCAAACCAAACCACUCCUUGUCCCCUUUGGUCCCACCACCAAACCCUCCAAACACGCCCACCCACACGCUCGGAACCACCCAACCCAAAAGGCUUACCUCUUCUCGCUUCCCACCAUCCCGUUUCCUUCACCAAACGCCCUCCCAACAGUGGUUAGCCAAAAAAAAGACAAAAGAAAAAUAUUAAAGGAGGUGGGGAAGAAGAAGAUGUACCGAGAUGUUUCGAGCUGCAACACGUACAACUAUGGCGACGCCUUGUACUGGGACGCCCGUUAUGUUCAGGAAGCUGGAGGUGCCUUUGACUGGUACCAGCGUUACUCUUCUCUUCGCCCUUUUGUUCGUAACUACGUUCCUACCUCCUCUCGUGUUCUCAUGGUCGGCUGUGGAAAUGCCCUUAUGUCAGAGGACAUGGUCAAGGAUGGAUAUGAAGACAUUAUGAACAUUGACAUUUCCCCAGUGGCUAUUGAGAUGAUGAGAAGGAAAUAUGAGUACAUUCCUCAGCUGAAAUAUAUGCAAAUGGAUGUUAGGGAUAUGAGCUUUUUCCAGGAUGAAUCUUUUGACAGUGUCAUUGAUAAAGGAACUCUUGAUUCUUUGAUGUGUGGCACGGAUGCCCCUAUAAGUGCUUCUCGGAUGCUGGGUGAAGUGAGCAGGCUUCUCAAACCUGGAGGGAUCUAUAUGUUGAUAACUUAUGGUGAUCCAUCAGUGAGGAUGCCUCAUUUGAGCUGGCCGCCGUAUAAUUGGAAUAUUGUGUUGUACAACCUACCCAGACCAGAUUUUAAGAGGCCUGGAGGUUGUUCAUCAGCAAAGUCAUACUUGGAGCCUAUUGCUAUCACUGAAAAGGGCUUACUUCCUGCAGACUUUGUUUUGGAAGAUCCGGAUUCUCACUUUAUAUAUGUAUGCAAAAAGAUGGAUGACACAGAGCUAAGAAACAUACCCAGCUAUCCAUUAACUGCACAAAUUUUAUAGUGAAUAAGUAACUUUGAAGUGCUGAGGUAGCAUUUUACUCUGCUUUACAAGCCUUGACAUCACGUUUUAAUUUUUAAGCUUUUGUAUAAUUAUCAGCACUUCCACAAAUUAGGACAGAUCACUAGGCAUGCUCUUGUGUGUAACGAAAACGAGAAUUCUAUUUUUUGUUGUUUGACAUGUUAGGUCAGCUGCUGGGCCAUAAAAAAUUAAGAAACCAAGGAAGAAGAUAAACCCCUUUGGAGGAAUGCUAGUGACUAGUGACUUAAAAGGAUGCCUGCCAUGUUAUAUAUCCUUUAUUUGUAGAAAACCCAGACCUGCAUUCUAUGCACUGAUCUUAAUACUGAUAAACAUACAGCUUUCUUUUCCCA